AUGUCUACCCAAGGUGAUAUGCAUGCCAAUCCCCCUGCUACCGCUACUUCUGUCGGUACCACUUCCGCCCCAGCUUCGUCCGCGCAGAUGGAAGACUCUUCUCAGGUUGGACUGGCUCAGUUCGCAGCCGCCACUGCCAACCUCUUGGGACCGCUGUCCGCCUCUUACCCUCAGGCUGUCGCGAUGAAGCACAUCCGAAAAUCUAUUGGCGAGAACUACGAGAAGAUGAAGGCUCUCCACGACUCUCAAAAGGAGCUCAUGACUCUCAGAGUUAAUCUCGAGAGGGUCAUGAAGCAGCACGCGAAGGCCAAGGAGGACCUUGAAAAGGCAAUAGUCAAGAACAUCGCUGUUUCAAGCACCGCUGUAGUCGCCGCAUUGUCCAAUCAGUUGGUCGACUUCGCGGUUGACGCCGUGAUUGAGACCGAGGAGGCCGAGCAGCGUGGCAGUAUCCAUGGUCAGAAGCUCCUGUUCGGUUACUUGGUUAACGACCUCAACGGGCUCGAGGGCCUUCGAGGCUCGGACAUGCUGUACAAGAAGAAGCACAACAUCCCCGACUACUGA